AUGAUGAUUGCUGGGAGAACAAUUCAAGAUAUUAGCGGAGGAGGUAUCAAGGUCAUGAUUGACAUGAUUGUCAGCAAUAUGGACCCAUCACGCGAACGAGGAAAAUUCAUAGGCAUGUUCUCCACGAUGUUGUCUAUUGGAACCCCGCUCAGUCCGUUCAUCAGUGGUGCUCUGGUGCAACACAGCUCCUGGCGAUGGGCUGUAGACCGCACUCAGCCAAUGCAUCGACAGUUUUAUCUAAAUCCCCCAGUUGGGGGAGCGGCGCUCGUCUUCUUGGUCUUAUUCUUACAUAUCAACUACCAACAAGAGCGCUGGAAAGAAAAGGUCAAGAAGGUUGAUUAUAUCGGCAACGCGAUACUAAUGACAUCCAUCGUCUCUAUUCUAUUGGUCCUCGCCCGAGGGAGCACUGCGUAUAUCUAG